CCCGGGACAUGAGGUUCCUUGUCCCCACCCUGCUGCUCCUCGGGUCCCUUGGACUGUGUCCAGCUGUCCCUAAGAAAAACAUUCGGUGGUGUGCCAUAUCACAACCUGAGGCAUCAAAAUGCUUCAAGCUGCAGAAGAACAUGAGCAAAAUAGGUGGCCUCCCUCUCUCCUGUAUCAAGAGAAAGUCCUUCCGUCAAUGUAUGCAGGCCAUUGCGACAAACAAGGCGGAUGCUAUGACCCUGGGUGUCGAUUUGCUGCUUGAGGCAGGGCAGCUCCCCUACAGACUGCGACCUAUAGCAGCGGAAGUCUAUGGGACAAAAGCACAGCCACAAACCCAAUUUUAUGCUGUGGUGGUGGCAAAGAACAGCAGCCGCUUUCGGCUGAACCAGUUAGAAGGCCUGAGGUCCUGCCACACGGGCCUUGGCCGGACUGCUGGAUGGAACAUCCCUAUGGGGACACUUCGUCUAUUCCUGGACUGGAAAGGCCCAUCUGAGCCCCUUGAGGCAGCUGUGGCCAGGUUCUUCUCAAGCAGCUGUGUUCCUGGUGCUGAUGGAAGCCGCUUUCCCAACCUGUGUCGCCUGUGUGUGGGGACAGGGGCCAAUAAAUGUGCCUUCUCCUCCCGAGAACCAUACUUUGGCAACGCUGGUGCCUUCAAGUGUCUGAGGGAUGGCGCUGGAGAUGUGGCUUUUAUCACAGAGAAUACAUUGUUUGAGGUCCUGCCAGACAAGACCGAAAGGGACCAGUACAAGCUUCUCUGCCCAGACAACACCUGGAAGCCAGUGGACCAGUACAAGGAGUGCCACCUGGCCCGAAUCCCUUCUCGAGCGGUUGUGGCCCGAAGUGAGGACAGCAAAGAAGAUUUCAUCUGGGCGUUUCUCCAACAGGCACAGGAAAAGUUUGGAAAAAACAAGUCAUCGUCAUUCCAGCUCUUCGGCUCCCCUGUAGGGAAGAAGGAUCUCCUGUUCAAAGACUCUGCUAUUGGGUUUUUGAGGGUCCCCAAAAAGAUAGACUCUGAGCUGUAUCUGGGAUCUGGAUACCUCACUUCCAUACAAAACCUGCAGAAAAGUAAGGAGGAUGUGGCAGCCAGGCAAUCGCAGGUCGUAUGGUGCCCGGUGGGCAGCGAGGAGCUGAGCAAGUGUGACCAGUGGAGCACUGUGAGCAACGGCUUGGUGACCUGUGCCUCAGCCCCCACCACGGAAGACUGCAUCAGCCAGAUUCUGAAAGGAAAGGCUGAUGGCAUGAGUUUGGAUGGAGGAUUUAUCUACGUUGCGGGCAAGUGUGGUCUGGUGCCUGUCCUGGCGGAGAACCAGCAAUCCCAGAAAAGCAGCGGCUCUGAUUGUGUGAAUAGACCAGUGGAAGGGUACCUUGCUGUAGCGGUGACGAGGAGAUCAAAUGCUGCUAUUACCUGGAACUCUCUGAAAGGAAAGAAGUCUUGCCACACUGCCGUGGGCAGGACCGCAGGCUGGAACAUCCCCAUAGGCCUGCUCUUCAACCAGACAGGCUCCUGCAAGUUUGGUGAAUUCUUUAGAGAAAGCUGUGCACCUGGGUCUGACCCGAAAUCCAAUCUCUGUGCUCUGUGUAUUGGUGACGAGAAUGGUGAGAAUAAGUGUGCAUCAAACAGCAGCGAGAGAUACUAUGGCUACACUGGGGCUUUGAGGUGCAUGGUUGAGGGGGCAGGAGAUGUCGCCUUUGUGAAAGACUCCACUAUCUUUCAGAACGCUGAUGGAAAGAACACUGAAGCGUGGGCCAGGGACUUAAAGGUAGAGGACUUUGAGUUGUUGUGCCUUGAUGGGACCCGGCAGCCUGUGACUGAGGCGAAGAGCUGCCACUUGGCCAUGGCCCCGAAUCAUGCUGUGAUCUCUCGGAAGGACAAGGCAGUAUUCCUGGAGCAGGUGCUGCUCCAGCAACAGGCUCAGUUUGGAAGAAAUGGAAACAGGUGUCCGCGAGAUUUUUGUCUGUUCCACUCCGAAACUAAAAAUCUUCUGUUCAAUGAUAACACUGAGUGUUUGGCCAAACUCCAUGGUAAAACGACAUAUACGAAGUAUUUGGGACAGCAGUAUGUCACAGCCACUUCUACUCUGGAGAAAUGUUCAACUCCCCACUCCUGGAGGCCUGUGCAUUCCUCACGAAGUAAACCCCAAGAAGAUGGGCCAGCCUCCCCAGGGGGCCUCAGCCUUGAUCCCUGGGUGUACUCAGGCCUUGCCCUCCCCUGCUCAGGGUGAGAUCUGCCCAUCCAUCUGUUCCCAUAAUUCCCUGCUGUCACUAACAAAUAAAGUGAGAUAUAUUGCUGGUUUG